AAAAUUUGAAUAAAUAAGUUAAUAAUCAUAUUUAUCAUAAUGAUUUUAUGUAUUUGACAUAAUUAGCUUUAAUUGACGUUGAAGUUAGAAGUUAGACCUUUACUGAAGAAAUUCAUCAAGUAGUUCGUUAUAUACUGAUAUCACGUGAUGUAAAUUUUAUAUAAUAGUAUUGACCCGAAGGGGUAACACGAUAUUUCAAUUAUUUCAUCCACCAUAACCAAUCAAUGACUAGGUUAUUGCGUCAGUCACACAAAAAUGGCUCAUACUACCCUACGAAAAAAGAAUGUCCGGAAUUUAUCACCAAAACUGUUCGGAAAUUGUCCAGACUCAAGGAAUUGUAAUUCCAUUCGGGGUCCAGGGAAUUAUGGUAAGAACACCUUUUUGUCGACCAAUUAUAAUGAUAACGUUUUGGGACGUAGUGUGCCUAUUGUGGGCACACUAUGUAAUGAAGAAGAUGAGUUCCCAGGGAGUGAUGAGUUUUCAAAACAAGUUGACAUACCUUGCCAAAAUGCAAUACCUCUUGGUCGACCAAAUCAAUAUGAUGGAAUUGAAUCACCUAAACCAUCCAUCAACAGUGAAUUUGAUGAUUUCGGUGAAAAACGAGAGGAUAAUCUGAAUCAUGUUCGGAGCGUCGGUACGCAGUGGGGAUCUAUCGCCAAGGACAAAAACCACCAACCUGAAUAUAGCGAGGGCGAGAGUAAACGCAAUACCGGCACUCAAUCGGUGCUAUCAGAAUCCUCAAAACGAAUCCAGACUCUGUCGGAACAAUUGGGGCCAUUGCUCCGAGUCAAUACCCCUGGGGGCAGCACACGGUACAAGAAGAAGUUCUGCCAACUUGUACUGCCGAACGAUCAGCCUAAAAUAUGCAGUAACGAAAAUGAUGCCUCCUUGUGCCAAGUGUUCCCAAGUGAUGAGAUUGAUGGAGGAGAUGGGUAUCGCAACAAUUACCCAAUUUUAAUUGAUACAAUUAUGAAGCCUAACCGUUGCUAUAUUGCAAAUUCACUUGGUUAUGGGAUCCUCGAUAAAGAUCAAGAUGAUUAUAUCAAUUAUAUAAAAGAAGAACUUAACAUUUACAUUGAGGAAGUUAUGGAAUAUGACUUUGAUCAUAUUAUCAUAAUUGGGGAACAAGACUGCGGAAUACUUUUCCUGGACUGCUUCGGCCGUGUGUUUAUUUUGGACGCUAUGUCAAGUACAUUAGUGUUUCAUGGGGAUUACUUCAAAGGAGUGGAAAGUGUGACAAAGGGAUUUGAGCUUAAAUCGGUGGAAUGGAUCAUAGAAUCUGAUACAGGGAAUAUUGUUGAAACUGAUGAUGGUUCCAUGCAUGAUCUUGUCCCUUUUGUAAAGUUACUAAUGAAAGAAGAAAAAAAGAAAAAGAAGAGUUCAAAAAAGAAGAGUUCAAGAAAGAAAAUUCACUGA